AUGGAAAAAAUUGAGAUGACUCAGCCUGAGCCGAUCCCAAAGCAAUCAACCAGCGAGGACGAGGAGUAUCCUGCUGAACACCUCUUCAAAGAGAACGAACCAUUGCUAGAUCUCGAGGGUCAACAUGAGGAGAAGCAGGAGCUUGCUCAUCGAGCAACCGAACCGGCCGUCAGCCGGACGAAGACUUUCGUGUUUCUGGCAACUUAUUUCAUAAUGAAUCUGAGUCUUACCUUCUACAAUAAAGCAGUUAUGGGUUCGUUCCCAUUCCCAUGGAUUCUGACAGCAGUACACACUGGGAGUGCUGCUCUUGGAAGUUUGGUUUUCUUGAUGUUCGGACAUUUCCAUUUGACGCGACUGACAACGCGUGAGCACCUGGUACAUUUCAUGUUCUCGCUCCUAUUCACGCUGAACAUUGCCAUGUCCAACCUGUCGCUGGCUAUGGUUUCAGUUCCUUUCCAUCAGAUCAUGCGGGCAACCUGUCCUCUCUUUACGAUCCUGAUCUAUCGCCUCGUUUUCUCUAGAAGAUAUGCUAUCAUAACAUAUUUGUCUAUUGUCCCUGUAAUGCUGGGUGUUGGUCUAGCGACCUUCGGCGACUACUACUUCACCGCCCUGGGUUUCACUCUAACUCUUAUCGGUGUGGUUCUCGCAGCCAUAAAGACGGUCGUUACCAACCGUUUGAUGACAGGGCGCCUGCGACUACCCGCACUGGAGCUGCUCCUCCGCAUGGGUCCCUUGGCUGCUGUGCAAUCUCUGCUCUAUUCUGUACUCAUUGGCGAGUUCUCGGAAUUCCUUGAUUUCGUAAAAGCUGGGCAUCUGACAGCGGAGAGGAUUCUGGCAGUCUCGGGUAAUGGCCUGCUUGCAUUUGGCCUUAAUGUCGCGUCUUUCGAGACGAACAAGCUGGCAGGCGCACUGACGUUGACUAUCUGCGCGAACUUGAAGCAAUGUCUAACCAUUGUAUUGGGAGCUUUCUUGUGGGACGUGCCUGUCAGUCCCAUGAAUGGAGCCGGCAUACUCCUAGCUCUGGUAGGCGGAGCGUGGACUCUCGCCGCUGGAAUCGUGGCUUUUGCGACCCUGAUAUUUCUCUGGACUGCGCUACGUCUUGGAUCACUCGACGCCAUACGUGGAGCCACGGCACAAGAUGCGCUCACGAGCAGUCUUAAAGAGUCACGUCUUCACCUACUCAUAGUGGCUACCAGCAGCGGUCUUGAUUUAUGCCGCCUCCUUCUCUCCGCCUCCAUCCUCUCGUACCCAACCCCUGUUUUGAUCGACUGGGCCGGAGAGGGCGCAUUCAAUGCUGCAGAAACCCACCUUGCGAAGAUCGCAGGUCCUCUUCGCUAUCUCGAAAACCUAACCAGCAUUCAGGAUAACGACAUAGUCCUUCUCCUGGACGGAUUCGACAUCACCUUCCAACUCAGUCCGGACGUUUUGUUAAAACGAUACUUCGAGGAAACGGCUACUGCAAACGAGCGUUUGAUUGCCAAGUAUGGCAAGAGUCAUGUGCGGAAACACAACAUGCACAACAGCAUCCUUUUUGGUCCGGAUAAAACAUGCUUCCCUGAAGAUAUACAGCGUUUAGCAUGCUGGGUUGUACCACAAUCGCCACUCCAACCCGACGCAUUUGGCCCUUAUACCGACGGUUGGGGCGAUAUGCUACACGCAAGACCACGCUGGUUGAACUCCGGCACCAUCAUCGGACCCGCGGCAGAAAUGCGAGAUAUGUUCCGUGCGACUCAAGAGAAGAUCGAUAAGACGUAUGAUCCCGAGUACGUGUUGCGCAACUCUGACCAGAAAUACUUUGCGGAUGUAUGGGGCGACCAGGAAUAUUCGCGUAUAUUAUCGCAUGAUGAUGUGCCUUAUGGGAUACCUCAAGAGGUACAAGAAGCUGGUCUACCGGUGCUUGAGGAGGGUCAGAAGACUGAAUAUCAUAUUGGUCUAGAUUACCGAUCAAGCUUAUUCCAGACAGCCGCUGGAUACAGGAAUUAUAUAGCGUGGAUGAUGACAAACCGGUCUUCGCUUCCGUCAACAUCAACGUCUGUAGAGCCGUACCGCAUAGAUCUGCAGGAAGAUGUGUUACAAUCCAAGAAGCCUUUUGCUGCCAUUUCUGACGACGCAGCAUUACAAAAGACUUCUUGGCGUAACGUGUCUCUCGGGUUCAACACUGUCACGGGGCAGGCUUUUCCACUGCUGCACUUCACAGGCGACAAGUCCUUCCGAAACACUUGGUGGCCUCGCAUGUGGUAUUUCGAAGAUGCUGAACGCCUUCAGCGUGCGUCCGCUCAGAUACAGGAUCAGCAGAUCGGAUCAGACCUUAUCAAUGGGGUUUCUUGGACAAAGAACAUACCAUACGAUGAGACAGAACGCAAGGUUGAAGAGAAAUCUGGAGCUUGGAGUGAUCAGGGAGAAGCGCUCCCAUGGGAAGCCCUUUUGGCUGGAUAUCCAACUCCAACGCUGAUCAACUGGGGUGCCAAAUUCGACGAUAAGACGCUCGUGGCUGGAGGUUCGCAUUUAGCCAAGAUCAGUGGUGUACUGGAGUAUUUGCGUACACUCGGUCCGGAGCGCAACGACGACCUGUUAUUACUUGUGGAUGGAUAUGAUAUUUGGUUUCAACUGCGUCCCAGCGCGCUGGUAUCGCGCUUCCACGCCAUCAACAACGAGGCGAGCACGCGGAUACAGCAGACUAUGGGUUCGAAAGCAGCCGCUGCAGAAGGGAUUACCCAAAACAUCAUCUUUUCUGCGCAGAAGCGGUGCUGGCCAUGGAAGCCAGAAGACCCACCUUGCUACGCUGUUCCGCAGUCUUCGCUGCCAAACGACAUCUACGGCCCCGAAACGGAUACGGAUAUUGGAUUCGAGAAGAACCCAUACGUCAAGUUCCGGCAACGCUAUCUCAACUCUGGCGAUGCGAUGGGUCGCGUAGGGGCGAUGAAGGCCCUCUUCGAGCGGGCGAUGGAAAAGGCAGAAAAGGACCGGAACUUCGGCAGUGAUCAAAAGAUCUUCAGUGAAAUCUUCGGAGACCAGGAGUUCCAGCGAGAGGUCAUGAGACAGCGGCAUCGGAAUGUUUUCCAGAAGAUGGGAGACUGGUUAACUGGUAGGAACAGUAUCCUCAACCCACAGUCUGAGCGACACUUGCGCGAGCACAAAGGAGGAAAACCCGAUGAGUUCGGUAUCGGGUUGGAUUAUGCUAGUCUGCUUGGCCACCCGACGGUGUUUGCAGAGGAGGACUCAGCAUGGGUGACAUAUGAUGACCCCAAGUCCAUCGCGCAAGCCUCCGCCGAGCUCAAAAUUGCGCCAGCACGCGUACACGACCUCGCCCAAGACGUCACAGACUCGCAGCCACCAUUUCGCCCAGCAGUCAUAGCUCCCGGUUCCAGCUUCUCCGAAGAUAAAACCUGGCGUGAAGUCCCUCUCUAUACCAACAUGUGGACGAGCGUCGUUCCUGGUCUCAUUCACCACAAUGCUCAUCGAGACGGACUGAAGUCGCUGCGCGUCUCAGUCUGGGAUCGCAUGUGGUACUUCAACCAUUCUAGAAAGUUGUUUGAGUCGAAUGCGGCCGGGCCGGUUGGUCCCGUCGCUGUCGUGCACGAUGAUGAUGGGAAAGAGCAAGCAUGGUGGAGUCCAAUUGCCGAGAAGGGUGGAGCGAAGUCGGACAAGGGUGAAUGGCUUCCAUGGCAUGAGUUGUGUCAGGAGUUUGAAGGCGAGGUAUUCAGGGAUGCUUAG